ACGUUGGAAGCGGCGCUCUGCCGCCGUGGUCGCCGCUGCGCGCAGCGAAAUUGCAAUCCAACGAUGUGCAACACUUCUGGAAUCCCCCCUGCCCCGCCGCCAAGUCCAACAGCAUCAAGGGUAGCUGGGAUGAUGCAAAAAUUGCAAGUGGCGCAAAAACCGCCCAGCAGCGCGACGCAUACCGUGUCAUCAGGCAGCGAGAGCAACGGCACGCCGAGCGCGCCGCCGCCGCGGACGCUGUCCAUCUCACCGCUGCAGCGCGACGACGAGACGGCCGAGCUCGAGGCGCGCGUGCUAAGAUUAGCGCGCGCCUGCGCCGCGCGGGGCCGCCGCGCCGCGCGCCGCGACCGCGGGCGGUCGCAGUCGCGGUCGCGCAGCCGCAGUCAGAUCCGCCGCGAUGUGCCGCCGACGAUGGACUCGGACGCGGACGACGAGCGCGACUCCGAGACGGAGCACGCCUCGCCGCUGCGCCACCUCCGGCGCCUCGCGCCGCGGGCGCAGAGCGGGAAGCGAGUGCGCAUCGAGGAUAACCUUCGCCAGGCGCGCUGCCGGCCCCGCACGGCGAGCUGGGGCGACGCCGAAGCCGCUCGGACGCGGCGGGCUGACGCGCGGCGCGCGUCACGCGGCGCCACACGCGCGCUGUCGUCGGCGCUGCGCAUGGCGAGAAGCUACCGCACGGGCCUGAACCGCCUCGCGCCGUCCGACGACGAGUCCGAGUCCGAAUCGUCCGACGGCGAGCUUUUCGAGGACGAGGCGCGGUCCGCCUUCGCUGCCGCGCUCUGGGACCUCUGA